CCGUAGUCUACGCCUUGUCUUGCUUGGACCCCACAACGGCAUUCUCUCCCAGGUGCGCGAAGGAUCACGUCCCAUAACGGGCCUGCUUGGCCGUUGAGGCUGACCGCGCCGCAUUGCGAGUGAACCAUCCAUGAUGUUCCAGCUCCCACGUGCGGUUUGUUCCUGAGAAUCUUUACCGUCUUAGGAAGCAUCGCCUAUGUUCAUCUCCGAGGCUAAGCAGGUGCUGCACUUGACAACACCACAAUAGAUGAAGAUACUGGGGUAUAAAGAUGAGGGCCACACGCCUUAUCGUCGUCUGUAGCUCAAAACAUCUUACAAUCCCAAUCAACGACCAUGAGGCUUCUUGUUGUUUCCCUCGCUAUCAGCAGUACUGCUGUCGCGGCGCAAGAUAAUUUCAACAUUUUCCAGCAUAUUGGUGGAAACGGACAAUGGUUCCCUGGUGAAGAAACGACAGGCAUCUCUUCUGAGAUACCCACUGGAUGUAAAGUCGAUUUGGCUGCUUUCUUCUCUCGUCACGGUUCACGGUACCCUGACAGAGGCGCGUACAACGGAUGGGUUGAGUUCGCCGAAUACAUCCAAGCAGCAGGUAACUUCACCGUCAAUGACGAGAAGCUCGCUUUUCUCAAGUCCUGGAAGCCGGUACUCUCAGAUCCCGAUGCUCAGAUCGCCAAUAUAAGCCCCACUGGAUGGAGAGAGCUUCACGAUAUGGGUACCACAUGGCGGCUCCGCUAUCUUGAUCUGUACGAUUACAACACCGCCUUUACUAUGUGGGCGAAUUACUAUACUUCAGGUCCCCGUGUACGGGAUAGCGCACGCUUGUUUGCUCAAGGUUUCGUGGGACCCAACGCUACGGAUCUUACCACUAUCUAUGCCCUCAACGCGAGCGAUCCUGCCAGUUGGGGCAAUACGCUUGCACCCAGUGAUCUCUGCAAGGCUUACAAUGACGCAGGUGGUGGCCCUGCAAAGGACACAUGGGACUCCAUAUAUCUUCCUCCGAUCGCGUCCAGGCUCAACGCCAAGAUUCAGGGUGGUUUGAAUCUCACGACGAGUCAAGUCGACCAGAUACCCUACCUAUGUGGUUUCGAGACCCAGAUCACUGGCCGACGGAGCCCUUUUUGCGACAUCUUCACUGAUGAAGAAAUCUUGCAGUACGAGUAUGCGCAGGAUUUGCGUUACUGGUACGGCACUGGCCUAGGGUCUGAUAUCGAAAAGUAUCAGAUGCUGCCAGUCGUCGACAUGACCGUACAACGCUUUGUUGAUGGUCCAAAUGCGACUUACCAAACGGGCAAUGGGACCUUUGUUCCCCCAAAGAUCAUGGCCAAUUUCGCGAACGAUGGCCAAAUCAAUCAGCUCGCCGCUGCAAUUGGUGUUUUCGACGGCCAACAGCAACUUCCUGGCAAUAUGUCCCUACCGAACCGCAUCUUCCGUUCAUCCCAGGUUGUGAAGAUGCGCGGAACAAUUGCAUUCGAACGCCUCUCCUGUCCUGCUGCUGCCCAUGAUGGCAGCUACGGCUACAGUGCCCAUAGCGAUUACAACAGUACUGCAUCCGAAGAGGCCUUUGUACGAAUCCGCAUCAACGAGGUCGUAUAUCCUGUGGUGGGCUGUACCAGUGGUCCUGGCUCUUCAUGCCCGUUGUCGCAAUAUCAAAGCAUCAUCAACGCGAAGCGUGCAGAAGCCGGCGAUGUGACCAAGCUAUGCAAUAUGACCGGUGAAGGCCUCGCACCUAAGCCGGAGGCAACUUUCUUCUUCGACAAUACACUGCCCUGGCAGUCAGUUGUGAAGCCGUAGUGAACAUACCAGGUAGUGUUGAAUCACCUUUAAUG